AUGCCUAUGAAAGAAGGUACACUUAACUGUGUAGCCCAGCGAGUAGUAGAGCAUUUUGAAAAAGCAAAAAGAGGGCAUGGUCUGACUAGUACACGUAAGCAAAAAAUUGGUAUAUGGUCGUUUAAGUAUCUUUUCCAAUUCUGCUACAUCCUCUACUCGAGCACCAGUGGAAAAUAUCGAACAGGUAGGUUUGAAGAGAUAGAGAUGGUAGUCCACAAUGGCCACACAUUCCCUAGAAAUCAUCAUUUUCCAAGAGAUCGAAUGGUGGAGUAUUAUAGUGAUAAUGCGUGGAAGGCUAUCAAUAAAGCUCUUCAAGGUCCACAAUUUGUUCUAGAAGAUGGUCGUACAUUUAGGACAUGGAUGAAGCAUACAGAUAUUAUAAAAGCAUGUAAGGAAUUAUUUGAGGAUGCGGUAGACUGGCAAUUUCAGGAAGGAAUAAUUAAUGAGGAAAGAAAGCAGGAAUCCCUAGAAUCGCUUAAAAUAGUUGAGUUAGCAGAACAGCAAUUUUGUGUCGAACAUGGGCAUGGAGGACGCUGGAAUGCACCUAAUUAUCAAGUCGGAGAUGUUGUAUGUAUAGACAUGAAGGAAUGUUACCCGGCAAGUAUGCGUGGUCAAGGAGAGUGUUCACCAUGGUUUAAGCGGUUUGGGCAUCUAACACAUCAUCUUGUUCGAAUAGCAGUGAAUGGGGAAUUGCCACAAGACGAUGAUAUAACCGGAUUUGCUCAGCACUUUGCUUGUCAAAGUGGAGAAGGAUGUGGGAAGACAAAAGGAUGGACACCUAUCGUGCUUCUACGAUAUCUUCUUGAAGCAAGUAUCUUAGAAAGUGUAACUAUAGGAGAAGCUAUUAUUUCUCUUACCAAGCAAACGAAGUUGCGCAAUCAUAGGAAAGUUCACACAGGGAAUAAGGUUGAAGAAAAACGUCUUACUCACCGGGUUGUAAUAGACGAAGGUGAGCUUGACUUCUUAAUCCAGGAUUGUAUUAAGGAGGGGACAUAUGCAGGUAGUGAUAAAUGUCCUCUUGGACAUAUACUUACAUACUACGAGGGUCAUCAGCCUCAGUACACACAUUUGCGAGCCUCAAUGUUAGCUUAUGCUCAUAUAAACUUGCUGGAAAUGCUCCGAAGAUUUGGCCCUAAUGAAGUAGUAAGAAGCGCAACGGAUUCUAUAUAUACGAAGAGGCCUUAUAUAAGAUCGAAAAUGUAUCGGCUUUCUUUAAGCAAGUUAAGCAAAAGACUAAAACGAUCGGCCAUCCCAAGAUUCGGCAAAUAUUAUAUUCAAAAAACUAAAAUGCCUUUAGCGAAAGGAGAAUAUUUUCCAUGUAGUAAACAUAAACCAUUUGUUUGUCAUGACUGCUUUUGGGAUUGGUAUGCUCGCAAAGGUUUUUGGGAAGUUACCUCUGAUAAGAAGCCUUCUAGCAAUACUAGUAGUAAAGCCAUUACUGAAGUAUCUGAGCCUCUAGAAGAAAGGAUUCGAGAAAUACAACCUGGCCAAUGGCGUGAUAAAGGUGAGAAGAUUCAUGGCCCAGAUCCUAAUGUUGUAUAUUGGCCAAAAGAUAGGCAUUGGAGGUCAGUAAAAAAUGUUCCCGAUAGUAAUGCUCCAUCAAUUCAUGAUCCUAUUACAAGAUCCCAAGUUUCUUAUCUUAAUGGAGGAGGUGGUUCUGGAAAGACAACACGCGCAAUCCGAAUAUUUAAGGACAUAAACAUGGUAGUCUUUACUCAUACGAAUGCACUGGCUAAAGACUUCCAAAAUGAUCGUAAGGUAAAAGCCCAAACUUGGCAUAGUUUCUUUAGAUGGAACGGUGUAGGAGAGUGGACUCCUGAACGCACGGGAGAAAAGAAAUUUCCACGAGUUGUCAUCUGGGAUGAAGUAUGUACAGUGCCUAGACAUAUUCUAGAGAAGUUUAUCGACUACUUACUAGAGCAAAAAUGUCAGGUAAUCUGUUGUGGGGAUGACGCUCAGCCUCCACCAUUCUUCGGAGACUGGUUAAAAGAGCGAGUUGAUUACUAUGAGGAAGUCUUAACUGACUAUCGGGCCAAAUUUACGGAAAAAUGGGAAUAUCUUGAAGCUGAAUGGAAGCCAUCAGACCGCAUCUUAUCAGCACACCUACUUUCCCGAAGAAUUGCUUCCCAAAAAUGCUUAGAACUUCAUCGAAAAAAAUAUCCCAAUAUACCGAUCCCGUUAAUUUAUAGGCCAAAAGAUGGACGUAAACAAAACUGUCUUGUCCAGAUUCCCGGCUCAUCUGAAAAAAGGGAGUUAGUAAAAAAUGAUAUAAUACACUUACCCUUGAAUACACUCCCUGACAAAUUCUUAAAAGAUAUAUUGGCAGAUAAAAAAGUCAUAGAUUGGGAACUUGGAUAUGCUAUGGACUAUUCACACCAGUCAAGGAAUGACCCUUAA